AUGAAUAGAAGUAAUUCUAUAUUAGAUGAUAAUAUUAUAAGUAGUAGUUGUAGUAUAUUGAGUAAUAGUAGUAUAGUUCGAUUAGAUAGUAAUAGCAGUAUUAGUAAAAUUAUAUCAACAACAACAACAACAACAACAACAACAUCAACACAAUGGAACUACAGCAGCAAUAGCAACAUUGAUAUACUCAUUACCCAACGAGGUAAUAGAGAUACUGUCGAUUGGUAUGGUGAAUAUGUUUUAAUGCACAAAUCACUUGAGGAUAUAUGUUGUAGACCGUUGUAUCUAAGCGAUGAGCAAUCACUAAACUAUGUCUACACAAAGAAAGUGACAAUCAAUAAUUUCAAUAUUCAAUACGACGAUAAGUUGGAGCAUCGUCAACAACUACGACUACAUCAUCAUCCUAGCUCAUCGAAUCCAUCACAAAUCACAAUUUUAAAUAUAAGAAAAUCUAAACCAGAUUCAACAUUAUUUGUACAGUCAAAAAAGAAAGUAACACCACUGCCUUAUGGCAAUUUUAAUUUUGGUUAUUUCGAAAUCACUUUGUUGGCUAUUGGUGAGGAUACUAAUGUAUUUAUUGGAUAUUCAGCAAGUUGCGAAACAAAUGAAAAGAAAGUAGUAUUAAAAACAGCGGUUAGCUAUCAUGGUGGAGAUGGAGGAAUGUAUCCGAACCCUGUGAUGGGCAAAGAGAUCAGUGAGCCAUGGCAGUGUAAUGAUACUGCUGGAUGUGGUGUCGAUUUUAUAAACAAGAGAAUAUUUUUUACAAAGAAUGGUGUGCUGCUUGGAAAGACAAGUUCAUCGUUGAGUUUGUCAAAGUUGCAUGCUACCAUUGGAACGAUAUCGUACGGCGAUAAAUUUAGCAUUAAUUUCGGUAGUAAACCAUUUGAAUUCGAUAUCAUUCAGUACCAGAAAGAGAUUAUGCUACCGAUCAAGUAUCCACUCUACUCGAUUGCGUUGUCGAUGCACGACCGUUUCUUGUGUGAGUUUUUUGAGGACACCUACUCAAAGUAUGUCGAUGAGGAGAUGAACAAAAUAACGACACCGGUCAACAAGGAGAUUGCCUAUCUCUCGGAUUUCGAUGAGUAUCCAAACACCGACCGAAUCAUGAAAAACAAGAUUCACAAAUACUGCCACCAGAUUGGACAACAGAUCAAUGGCGGAUUCACAAUUUCGCCAGAGGAUCAGAAUAAUAUUGCAGAGCUACGACGUGGACUCGCUUGGUAUUGGGUAGCUACUAAACAACAUUAUCUGUUGCUUCACUUUGUUCGCGCUUCAAUCGAUGUCGAUCUCAAAUAUUCUCCGGCCAUCGAGUUGACUCCGCUGGCAACAGACGACCUGGCGAUGCUCGAUGAGAUAUCAAAGCGUAGAAUGGCCAAAGAGAUCAGUGUGUUGUUGUCCACCAAUUUAGAUCCACAACAUCCCAUAGUUACCUCUGUGAUUAGACAUGCACAAUCGUCGAUUCAGCGAUUCCUUCAGACAAUGACAAGCGAACACCGAAGUAUCUAUCAGGAGUACGAACAGAUGCUACAGGCAGCAGAGCAUACCGAUCAGAGAAUGUUUUUCGCACUUUCACUCUCAGUCAUUGUGCAAACCAAAGAGAUCAUCAAGAAUCACAAGUUAAAGAAGGAGAAGAAAUCAUUGUUUCUAAAGAGAGAGAAGGAAUUGAAAAGACAGGAGAUUGAAUAUCUAGUUGAGAGUGGUGUAAAUAUAGAUAAUUUGUUACGUUUUAAUAGAGAGAUUUUAGAAAGUAAUAGUAUAACACCACCUAUUUCGAAUAAUAUAAAUAUUCAAGAAAAGAUAUCAAUACCAGCAACUACAACCACUUCAACAACCCCGACAACUUUGACUACCACUACCACUACGACAACAACAACAACAACCACAACCACUUCAACAACAAAUAAUAAUAAUAUUGAUCCAUUUAUAGAGAGUAAUAAUAUAUAUUAUAAUUUGGAACUAAAUGAAGAACAAAAGUCCAGUCAGAAACUAUUGUAUUCAGAGAGAAUAUUGUUUGUUUUAAAACAAGAGAUUAGAAUUCUAUCGGAGCAUGUAAAGAAACAAGAGCAAAUGUCAGAGGCUGCAGUAGAUAUCAUUGUUUGGACAUUGAUGAGACUUUCUUUCAAUGUAAAGAAUAAUCAGGAUCUACACACCUAUAGAGAUAUUGUAAUCAAGUCACUGAAAGAGGAGGAGACAAAGAUGGAGGCGGAAAUCAAAAAGUUAAGUUUGAAUUCACAUCGCAGAACAACAUCGAACAACUCAUUCAACAGCUUCCUCUAUUCCAAUCAAUCAUCGUCCAGUUCAGCCGGUGCUAAUAGCAAUGGUGUCAAACAAAAUCAUCAACCACUUUCACUUGCCGAGCACACCAUGAUCAAUAUCAAUGACUCUGACAUGGACGUUACCAGCAACAGCAGCAGAAAUAGCAGUGGAAGCAGCAGCAGCUCUGUCAACCGAAGUUCACCUUCCAACCAGAUGAGCGAGAUGUCUGUCGAUGUAUCUGGCGAGGAUGCACCACUUUGGAAUUCAAAGAGAAGCCGUAUCGUCUCCAGACCCGUAGUCAUAAGUGCAACCAUUAUUUCUGUAUCAGCAAUAGUUUUAAUUAUUAUUUUAGUCUCCAUUUUCAUAAGCUUAAAAUCCUGA